AUGCUGGCCUCCCUCGCACGGAUUUGUCGUGUUUUCUCCAACGUCGCGCUGGAUGCCCUCUGGAGACAACUGGACUCGCCGGAGCCACCACUCCGUUUGAUUCUGCGGGGUCUGAGACGCGCGCCCGCGGAGACCCUGAACCUCGCCGAAGCUGGCUUCGAUGGCAAUGUCUUGGUAGAUGCCCCGUUUCUAUCACUCCGACUCUCCAUGACCGAUCAGUGCCUUUUACAGACCUUCCUCGUUGCACGACGUCCGAUACAGCGCGCACGUUUCGCGCGGCACGCGAGACGCAUCAAUUUGAAGUCUCUAUGCAUGCUCGAAGAGGGUGCCAUUCACCCCUCCGUGUACUUCCAUGCUGUCAUUGUCCGUGAGCGCGACCCCAACACCGGCCUAGAGCGCCCGCUGCUCCCUUCGCUCGAAGAGCUCUACUGCGAGCCCUCCCCGGGGAUGGGCGAGGCGAUCUUGUUCUUCGUAGGCGCUAGCGUAGCGCGUGUCACUCUGAGCCUCUCGUCUUCGCGGAGCAAGCCGAAGCAGGAGACGACGCACGAAGACGACGCACUGCUCAGCGUCAUCUGCAGCCUCGCUCGCUCGCUCGCCGCCCAACUCAAGCCGUCCUACCUCGGGCGCCUCAACAGACUCACGCUCACUACGUCCUCGGGGAGCGAUCCGCUUUCCUUGAAGGCAUCCUGCCAGCAGAAGCACGUUCCGUUCGUCAAGGGCACCUUGAUCUUCCGCGUAUUGCGCUCGUUAGGUGUCUACCUUAGCACCACCGCAUUAGCGCCAUGCCUGCGAUCAAGGUGCACACCUCCUAUCCAUGCACGCGGUGAUCGUAGACAGCUCGGGAGUCCAACUGCAGAAGAGCACAACCGACUCGGACCUGCCAUGACGACGUUCGCUCUAGCGGCCCCGCCGCUCGUCGCGAUAACCAAGGACGACCUCACUCUCAUCGGCGCUCGCUGGGCGCACCUCACAACCCUCGACCUCGACCUCCUCGGACCAGUGAAGCCCAUCGAUUCCUUCGAUCACGGCGAACCACUCCCGACUUUGGACGGAAUCGUCCAGCUCGUCAAGGACUGCCCGCGCCCGAGGAAGAUGGGGCGCCGUCUUCGCGUAUUGGAGGACAUGUUGUCUAUCGCCAUGGAGGACGCUGUUUUACGUUAA